AUGUCAUUUACAUCGAUCCCGGUCCUGGACCUGAGCCAGGCAGACAGCGCCGAGACCAAGCCAGCGUUCCUGUCGGAACUCCGCGCCGCGCUGAUGGAGGUGGGGUUCCUGUACCUCGAGAACGUCGGGAUCCCGGACGAGCUGUUCGCCGAGGUGAUCAAGGAGGGCAAGGCCUUUUUCGACAUUCCCAUGGAGGAAAAACUCAAGAUCGAGAUGAAGAACGCGCCCUCGUUCCUGGGCUACUCGCGGCUCUCGGCCGAGAUCACGGCCGGGGCGGUCGACCACCGGGAGCAGAUCGACAUGUCGACCGAGCACGCGGUGCCGACGGCGGGCCAGCCGGCCUACUACAACCUGCUGGCGCCCAACCAGUGGCCGUCGCCGAAGCUGCUGCCGCGCUUCCGGCCGGCCUUUGCCGAAUACAUGGCGCGCAUGGGCGCCGUGUCGAUGCGCUUCACGUCGCUCGUCGCCGAGGCCAUCGGCCUGCCCGCGGCCGCCUUCGACCGCUACUUUGAGCGCGCCGCGGCGGACCAGCAGCACAAGCUCAAGGUCGUCAAGUACCCGGACGCAGGCGAGCUCGGCGGCGACGGCGACGGCGACGGCUCGCCCCGCCAGGGGGUCGGCCCGCACAAGGACAGCAUGUACACGAGCUACCUGCUGCAGGCUUCGCCGCACCGGGGCCUGCAGGUGCAGAACCUGCGCGGCGAGUGGGUCGACUGCCCGCCCAUGCCUGGGACGCUGGUCGUGGCUAUCGGGCAGGGGCUCGAGGCGCUGACGGGCGGCGUGUGCGCGUCCACGACGCACCGGGUGCUGUCGCCGCCCGCCGGCCAGGGCCCCCGCUACUCCAUCCCCUUCUUCCAGGGCGUCCGGCUCGACACCGAGUUCGAGGAGCUCGAGACGGUCGGGGUCGGCAAGGUCCCCGACGAAGUGCGCGCCCAGCGGGCCCGCGUGCUGGCCGAGAACGGCGCCGGCCGCCUCGACGACGCUGAGUUCACGUUCCGGACCGGCGGCGCCGCGCGCACACUGGGCGAGGCGACUCUGAGGAACCGCGUCAAGAGCCACCCUGACGUCGGAGAGAGGUGGUACCCCGAGAUCCUGGCGAGCAUUCGGGAGGAGCAGCGGUUGAGCAAGAAUCACGGAGCUUCUACCAGCACAGCGCCUGGAGCAGAAGCUCUCAGAACCGCCAGCGGGAACGCGGGUCAGACUGUUGAGGCGCAUUGA